UCUUUUCUUUCUUUAAUGGGAAAAGAAUUGAUAUAUAUCCCUCAUUACCCAAGUUUCUUUUCCAUGGUAAUGAUGAUUGAUUUUUAAGAACAGAACACCCUGUUAUUUGCUUAAUACAAACAAGAAGAUGGGACGUCUCUUUUUCUUUAAUCCAUUUCUCUGUUUUGUGUUGCUAAAUGGAUGCUUUUCUUCAUCCUCUGUUCAUCAUCUAUGCUCUCCCAGUGAAGCUUCUGCUUUGCUUCACUUUAAGCAAUCCUUUGAAAUAUACUACCACCUUAGAUGUGGGGUUGAUGAAUACAGACAUCUUGAUUACCCAAAAAAAAAGUCUUGGAAUGAGAGUAGGGAUUGUUGCACUUGGGAUGGAGUUAAUUGUGAUAUGUUAAUCGGUCAUGUUAUCGGCCUGGACCUUAGUUAUAGUCAGAUUUGGUUGUAAUUUUCAUCCCAACAGUAGCCUCUUCCAACUUCAUCAUCUCUCAACACUAAACCUUGCUUACAAUGACUUUUAUCCUUCUUCAAUCCCAAAUGGAAUUGGCCGUUUGAGGCAUCUCAACCUUUCUGACUCUUCCUUUUAUGGUAAAAUCCCAACAGAAAUCUCAUACCUUUCCAAUUUGGUUUCACUUGAUCUUUCUUAUUCUCAUAUUGGAUUACAACUUGAUCAGAGAACAUUUGAAGCAGUGCUUCAGAACUUCGCAUAUCUGGAGGGUGUUAUCUCUCUCUCCGAUACCUGUGAAUAUUUUUUCCUCCUUAAGGUACGUGGAUCUUGUAGAUACUAAUCUGCGAGGUGUUCUCACAUAGAACUUUUACUUGGAAAGCCUCAUAUUGAGAUACAAUGAUCUUCUCAAAGGAGUUUUACCAAAGAUCCGGCCGAGCAGCACUCUGUUGGAGUUGAAUAUUGCAUACACAGGCAUCUCCAGUGAGCUGCUCCAGUGAGCUGCCUGAUUCAAUUGGCACCUUGAGUUCCUUGAAUAGCUUGUACCUCUAUGGAUGUCAAUUCUCAGGUUCCAUACCUGAUUCCAUUGGCGACCUAACCCAAAUUAGGGAGUUAUUUUUGUCUUAUAAUCAUUUCACUGGCCACAUUCCUUCAACAAUUUUAAACUUGACAAAUCUUCAAUACUUAAGACUUGCCGAAUAAUUCCCUGUCUGGCCUACAUCCUAAGACAUUUCAGAUCUUGGAUAUUUCUAACAAUAAGAUUCGUGGUUAAAUCCCUGACUGAUUAGCGGCAUGAGGUGGGACUCCUUGUGGUACCUAAACAUUUCACAGAAUUUUUUGACAGGCUACCCUACCUACCACAAUUUCAUUACCAUAAUCUAAGAUUUAUCAGGCAACAACUUCAGUAACUCCAUUCCAAGUUGCUUGGGAAGCAUGUCUUUGCUAAUGGUGUUGGACUUAAGAAGGAACAAUUUCACAGGAAGUCUUCGACUGUUAUGUGCGCAGAACACUUCAUUGAGUAUCAUUGUCUUGGAUGGUAAUCGAUUUGAAGGACAUGUCUCUGUGUCGUUGCUCCACUGUGUUGGUUUUGAAGUUCUUGAUUUGGGGAAUAACGCUAUAAAUGACACGUUUCCAGCUUGGCUAGGAACACUUAAAGAACUGCGGGUCCUAAUAUUAAAGUCCAAUGUGUUCCAUGGACCAAUAAGUCCUUGUCAGAUUACGGUUUGCUUUCCCAAGUUACGAAUUUUUGAUCUUUCUCGUAAUGAAUUCAGUGGCUCACUUCCUGUAAAAGUUUUUGGAAACUUCAAGGCAAUGAUUAAAUUAGAUGGUGAAGACACAGGAGAGAUCAAGUACAUGGAACCAUUUGAGAAGUUUUAUUACAAAUUGUAUGAGGUUUCAGUGAGGUUGGUGAUCAAAGGUCAGGAUAUUCAGCUAGAAAGAAUCAGCACAAUUAUGGCAACCAUAGAUCUCUCAAGCAACCAUAUUGAAGGUGUUAUUCCGAAAACACUAAAGGAUCUCAGCUCUCUUUGGCUACUCAAUUAAUCCCGUAACAAUCUCAAAGGAGAUAUUCACGGUAAACUCGGCCAAUCCUAUCCCCAUGGAACUUGUGAAAUUGAAUAUGCUUGAAGCAUUCUCUCCUGGAAUCGGCUCACUGGAAAGAUUCCACUGGAAUUGACAAGAAUGAACUUUAUGGCAUUCUUAAACCUCUCUCAAAAUCUCCUUGUUGGACGCAUUCCUCAAGGUUCACAAUUCAAACAUUUGAAAAUGAUUCGUAUGGUGGAAACCUUGAUUUAUAUGGUCCUCCUUUAACAAAGCAAUGUGGAACAAGUGGUUCAUCGCAUGUUCCUCAACCAUUGGAGGAAGAAGAAGAAAAAGAUGAGUCAUAUUCUUGGACUUCUUGUUGGAACUGUCAUGUGGAGUCUCAUGUUUAAAUAUCGUCAGCCAAAAUGGUUUCUGGAAUUUUUUGAAGGCAUCAUUCCCCCGAAGAAAAGGCAAAGAAGAGAGCUCAGAGAUGAUGGACUUGAUGGAGGAUUGAAAGAGUGAGCUUUUCUGUUUUAGUUUCUAUGUUAUUAAUUUUCUUGUUUGUUGUUUGUAUAUGUUUGAUAGCAACUUACUUGUAUGUGUUGUUUUAGCAAUAAUGGUUGUUUAAGUUAA